AUGAUGUAAUGCAUUGAAUAGUGUGUUACAGUAUUUUCAAUAAACUAUUCAAUAGUAUUAUAGAGACUUAACAGUAAUACUGUUUGACUGACAGCACACGUGCUCUCAGUUUUUUCCCAAUCAAACCACACGUUCGGACAGUAGUUCGGUAGUAGUAGUGGUCAACCAUUUUCAUCCACAACAACAACAACACUUGAAACAUGUCGUGGCUUUUCGGCUAUAAUCGCAAUGACGCCAAUCAACCGCCUCAACAACCGUCGGCCCAACAAAUGCCGACCGGCGGCGGCAGCGGUUCAGUUGCCGGUGGUAGUAGUGGUGGUGUCGGCGGCGGCGGACCAUCAGGUGGUGACCUAUCAGCCGACGGCAAGAUGCGUGCCUAUCAGUUUGAUUCAUCGGCACUGGAAAGGGCUGCCAAAGCGGCCAAAGAUUUGGAAAGUUCAAAGUUUGCCAAAGAAGCGCUAGAUUUGUCUAAAUUACAGGAGACAACCAAACAGAUGGACUUUCAGAAACAGAUGAAAGAGUACGAAACACACGUCGAACAGAUGAAAUUGGACGCCAAACGAGUCGAAUACGAAGAGAAACGAAAAAUGUUGGCCGAAGAGACUAAACAACACCAGCAAAGAGCCCAAUAUAAUGACCAAUUGUCCAGAAGAAGGUACGAGGAUCAGCUCAUUCAACAGCAACGUACCAAUGAAGAGAAUCUACGCAAACAAGAAGAAUCUGUGGCCAAACAGGAAGCACUUCGCCGAAAGACGUUGGAACAGGAGAUGGAAUUGAGAGGAAAGGCCGAUAUGAAGAGGAUUGAGGCCGAGAUGAAGGGCCGGGCAAUACUCGAGAGAGAAAACCGUGACAUUCAUUUGGAACAAAUCAAACUGAAGGCCGCCGAAGACCGGACAACAGUCAUUGAAUCGAUCAAAACGGCCGGCGAAGUGAUCGGAACCGGUUUCAAGAAUUUUAUUUCAGAUUGGGAUCGCGUGACCGCAACUGCUGUCGGCUUUACAUUGAUUGCCGGAGGAAUAUAUUCGGCGAAACACGGAAUCAAUAUUAUUGGCCGCACUAUUGAAUCCCGAAUUGGAAAGCCGUCACUUGUUAGGGACACUUCGCGACUUAAUUUUACUGAUGUACUCAAACAUCCGGUUCACGCGACACAACGUUUCUAUGCGAGCCGUCGGCCUGAAGACGCUCUCAAAGGCGUAAUACUGAAACCUGAACUCGAAGAGCGGCUCCGAGACGUAGCCAUUGCUACGAAAAAUACAAAGAAAAACAAAGGAUUAUAUCGUAAUAUCCUUUUCUAUGGUCCGCCCGGAACGGGUAAGACAUUGUUUGCCAAACGUUUGGCUCAACACUCGGGUAUGGACUAUGCGAUUCUCAGCGGCGGUGAUGUAACACCAAUGGGUCGCGAAGGUGUGACCGCUAUUCAUAAGACAUUCAAUUGGGCCAACACUUCGCGCAGAGGACUUCUGCUGUUUGUCGACGAAGCGGACGCUUUUCUACGUAAGCGAAGCUCCGAACAUAUGAGCGAAGAUUUGAGGGCAACGCUCAAUGCAUUUCUCUACCGAACCGGCGAACAGUCCAACAAAUUUAUGUUAGUAUUGGCCAGUAAUACACCCGAACAGUUCGAUUGGGCUAUCAAUGAUCGACUCGACGAAUUGGUUGCCUUUGAGUUGCCAUCGCUUGAAGAACGCAAACGUCUGGUUAAUCUAUAUUUCGGACGAUUUGUUUUACAACCGGCCGCUGAAGGCAAGAGACGACUUAAAUUAGACAAAUUUGAUUACGUCGAGACCUGCAACAAGAUUGCCGAAUUAGUGGACGGCCUAUCGGGUCGCGAGAUAUCCAAAUUGGGUGUCGCCUGGCAGGCAACCGCUUACGCCUCGCACGACGGCGUACUAACGGAACGUAUGGUUAUGGAAAGGGUCUACGAAGCUAUUGGCCAACACAAACACAAACUCGAGUGGCAGGCGGACGAAGAAAAGGCCAAACGAGUGAUGACCGUCAAACAGAAGACCUAUUCAGUCGUCUGA